AUGAGAGGCCCUUAUGCUGCAUUGUUGCUUCUCCUUGGCCUCCUCCUCCUCCUCCUCCUGUGUACCGCAACUUCAAUUUGUUUUGGUUUGAAUUUCCGUAAUUCAGAAGUCAGAUGCAUAGAGGAAGAAAGACAAGCACUCCUCAAAUUCAAACGAGGCCUUCAAGAUGAUGACGGUCUGCUGUCUUCUUGGGGCAGUCAUGAGGAAGAUUGUUGCAAUUGGAAAGGAAUCAAAUGCAGCAACCGAACUGCUCAUGUUGUCAAGCUUGAUCUUCGGGGAGACUAUCGGUACUCUGAACCCCGGCCCAAAUAUCUACAUGGUGAGAUAAACUCUUCAUUACUUGGUUUGCAGCAUUUGACUUACCUCGACUUAAGUUGCAAUAAUUUCUCCAUCCUCCCAGAAUUCAUUGGUUCACUCACUAAAUUACGGUAUCUCAAUCUUUCCUACAACUCUUUUUCUGGAACCAUUCCACAGUGGUUUGGAAAUCUCUCAAGCUUGAUUUCUCUUGAUCUCAGCUCUAACUUUCCUAGGCUGAUUGAGGACCACAAUCUUGACUGGCUCUUUAAUCUCUCCUCUUUAAGGCACUUAGAUAUGGGUUAUGUGAACCUUAGCAAGGUUGUCAAUUGGCCAGAUAAGGUCAACAUGCUCCCUUCUUUAUUACACUUAAGUCUAUUUUAUUGUGAGCUCUCCAUGCCGAUUCCUCCUGUGCUUGUCAAUGCUAAUUCUUCUUCACCACUUUCAUUCCUUGAUCUCUCUUGGAAUCAUCUCAACUCCUCCGUAUUCCCAUGGCUAUUCAAAUAUACCAAUAGCCUUGUCUUUCUUAACCUUGGGGUUAACAACCUUGGUUCAAUUCCAAGAGCUUUUGGGAAUAUGGUAGCUCUUGUUCAUCUCGACCUCUCUGGCAACAACCUUGAAUCAAUUCCAAGAGCUUUUGGGAAAAUGGUAGCUCUUGUUCAUCUCGACCUCUCUGGAAACAACCUUCGAGGGGUGAUGCCACGAACUUUGGAGAAUCUUCACAACUUGCAAGUAUUAGACUUGUCUUACAAUAAUAUAAGUGGAGAGGUACUUGAUCUUUCAAAUUUCUCUUUCUUGAGAGAGUUGCGUCUAUCCCACAACCGGUUAAAUAGAAGUUUAACCAAAAGUGUGGGAGAACUUUCUAUGCUCCAAGUUCUAGCUGUGUCUUCAAAUUCUUUAGAAGGCGAUGUCACUGAAGCACACUUGUCAAAUCUUUCCAGUUUAAAUCAAUUGGACUUGUCUUUUAAUUCUUUGUCAUUGAAGUUUAGUUCAAAUUGGGUUCCCCCAUUUCAUCUGGAUAUCAUAGGAUUGAGUUAUUGCAAAUUGGGGUCAGCGUUUCCUCAAUGGCUUCAAACACAAAAGAAUUUUUCAAAGCUUGAAAUGGCAGAUGUAGGAAUUUCAGAUACUAUCCCCAACUGGUUUUGGAACCUUUCUUCCAAUAUAAAGCUCUUAAAUCUGUCCCACAACCAUAUCAAGGGUACCAUACCUCUUCAUUGGUUUUCAUCAAGCUUUUUUGAUUAUCAUAUAACAGAUUUGAGUUAUAACAACUUUAGCGGUCCAUUGCCACAACUUAAUUCUUGUUGGGGCCUGUUAAAUCUCUCCAAUAACAAGUUCCAAGGAUCUAUUACAUCCAUAUGCCAAACAAAUAGAUCCAUGAGUAAUUAUGGUUACUUUGAUCUUUCGAAUAACUUGUUAUCUGGAGAACUCCCUAAUUGUUGGAGGGAUAAGUCUUUUUCUGGCAAGUUUAGUUUGGCAAACAAUAAUUUCUUUGGAAGAAUCCCCGAUUCUUUUGGAGGCAUCUGUGAUUCUAGUGGUAAACCAUCUGGUGGCCCAUUUGGAGUAAAAACAUUGGAUUUGCAUAACAACAGUUUUAUCGGAGAAUUUCCGAAGUCAUUGAUAAACUGCUCUUUCUUGAAGCUAUUGGAUCUUAGAGAAAACAGAAUCUCCGGAAGGAUUCCAACAUGGAUAGGCACAAGCCUACCACAUUUGAUUGUUCUUCAUUUGGCAUCAAACUUGUUCAUUGGUCACAUACCGUUGCAAUUAUGUCAUCUAACUUCUCUCCAAAUUUUGGACCUCUCUCACAACGAUAUUAGAGGGACUAUACCGAAAUGCCUCAAUAACUUCACUGUCAUGGCUCAAACGCAAAGCUCAAAAGUAAGCAUUUCUCAAGAUUACAUUACUUGGGAGGCCAUCAGCUCUGGGCAUGUGUCCACCUACAUGGACAAUUCAAUGGUGGCUUUCAAAGAAAAAUAUCUCGAGUAUAGUAAAACUCUUGGACUAGUAAAACUUAUCGAUCUUUCGAGCAACAAAUUGAAAGGUGAAAUUCCAAAAGAAAUAACAAGUCUCUCGGGAUUAAUUGGGUUAAAUCUAUCUAGAAACUUGUUGACCGGCAUUAUCCCUCAUAAUAUUGGUGACAUGGAGAGAUUGGAGUCUUUGGACUUGUCGAAAAAUCACCUUUCAGGUAUAAUUCCACCAAGCCUUGUUGAUUUGACCUUCCUAAGCGACUUGAUUUUGUCAGACAACAACUUGUCAGGUAGAAUCCCAAAAGGUACCCAACUCCAAAGUUUCAGUGCUUCUGCAUAUAUAGGUAACCAAGAUCUUUGUGGCUUGCCUCUUUUGAAAAGAUGUCCGGGAGACGAAGCAGCUCAAGGUCCUCGAACUAGUAGCAUUGAUGGAGAAGGCAAUAAUCAAGAACAUGCAAACUCUCACGAACAUUUAUGGUUUUAUACUAGCAUUGUACUUGGAUUCAUUGUUGGAUUUUGGGGUAUUUGUGGAUCGUUGCUAUUGAAAAGUUCUUGGAGGCAUGCCUAUUUCCAGUACCUUGAGAGAAUAGGAGAUUGGCUCUAUGUAACAAUAGCUAUUGGCAUGGCCAAAUUACUGAGAAAGUGA